UUCAGGGACGCGAAGCUUCUGGGGACCCCACCUACUACGGCGCUCGGCGAGUCUGGGGGGGCUAGGCGCACGGGAUGAAGUGGACCCAGGAAGCUUCUGGGGGAGGCCAGGCCGAAGCCGGGUCCCCAGAGGAGUCCUUGGCAAGCCCGGAAACGGAGCCGCCGCAGGUCCCGGUGGAGGCGCCGCAAGCCGGGGUUCCCGACGGCAACCCGAGGCCGGAGCGGACCGGGAGGGAGGCUGCGGACGCGGAGCUGCAGGUCCUCUCGGAGGAGAGGCCGCAGCCUCCGGCUCUGUCCGGGUCCCCGCGCUUGCCGCCGCUCAGCCUGGGCUACGGCGCUUUCCGCCGCCUGGGCUCAUGCAGCCGCGAGCUGCCGUCGCCGAGCCCCACGUGGGCCGAGCAGCCCCAGGACGGCGAGGUCGAGCCGCAGCCCUGGGCGGCGUCAGGAGAGCCCACGCCCGGGUCCUGGGCACCCGUGGAGCUGCAGGUAGACGUGCGCGUUAAACCCGUGGGCGCGGCGGGAGCCAGCCGCGCGCCCUCGCCCGCGCCGUCCACGCGCUUCCUCACCGUGCCGGUGCCAGAAUCGCCCGCCUUCGCCCGCCGCUCGGCGCCCACGCUCCCGCGGCUGCCACGCGCCCCGUCGCCGGGCUCCACGUGGGGCCGUGGAUCGCCGCUUGCCGCGCCCCCGACCGAGCGGAUCGGCCCCACCGAGGGCAGCGCGGUCUCCCCGGGCUCGCCCACCUGCCGCUGCCGCUGCCGCUGCCAGGAGCCCGGGCUGACCAAAGAAGACGCCGCGCUGCUGCAGCGCGCAGGCAUGGACAGCAAGAAACUGCCGCGGGCCAUCACGCUCAUAGGGCUGCCCCUGUACAUGAAGUCCCUGCGCUGGGCUCUGGUGGUCAUGGCUGUGUUCCUGGCUGUCUGCACUGUAGCCAUCGUGGCACUGGCCUCUAGAGGCGGAGCCAAGUGCCAGCCAUGCCCUCAGGGCUGGUUGUGGUCUCAGGAACACUGUUACUACCUCUCUGAAGAAGCCCAAGACUGGGCGGGCAGCCAGGCGUUCUGCUCAGCCCACCAUGCCACACUGCCCCUGCUGAGCCACACCCAGGACUUCCUAGGAAAAUACCAGAUCACCAAAGGCUUCUGGGUGGGGGCCCAACGAGGCCCUGAAGGCUGGCACUGGACUGAUGGGGUCCCUUUGCCACCCCAACUGCUCCCAAAGGACAGUGAGGACCAUCCAGACUUCAGCUGCGGGGGUUUGGAAGGCGGCCGGCUCGUGGCUCUGGACUGUAGCUCUCCCAGACCCUGGGUCUGUGCCAGGGGGGCCAAGUGACUUAGUGUCCUGUGCCAGACCUGUCUGGAGCUGCGUUCGUUAUUUUGCUUUGGUGUGACAAGACAACUUGAAGGAGGCAAGAGUUACCGGGCUUGUGGUUUCAGAGGGGCUGCACCUGGCGGAGCUGCCCAGUCCACAGCAGCAGGAGCAUGUGGCUGCAGUCACCUUACUGGGGACCAGAAGCAGAGGGAGUGCCAGAGCCAGGGGCGGAACAACCUUCAAAGGCCUGUCAUUGCUGACAUACCUCUGAAAGCUCCCACACAGUCCCCAGAUCCAGCACUACCAGCUGGGAACAAGCUGGUGGGGGGCACUUCAGAUUCAAACCAGAGCAUUCCUGUAACAAGUCCCAUGAAGACUUAUGACUAUCUUGUUUAGAGACAGGAUCUCUAUGUAACCCUGGUUGGCCAGGAACUUACUGUGUGGUCCAGGGUGGCCUCAAGUUCUUGGACAAUCUUCCCGAGUACAGAGAGUGUAUGCCACCACACCCAGCCUAUGGCUAACUCAUUCUGUAAAAUACAUUGUCCAACUUCAAGAGUCUCCAUAGUCUUAACAGUUCCAGCAUUGUUCAAAAGUCUAAGGACUCCUCCGAGAUGCCAAGCAAAGUUUUAGCUUUAAACACGUGAUAUAUAUAUUUCUAAAAUGCAAUGACACAGUCAAAUUCUCAUUCCAAGAGGGUAGAAUAGGAAAGUGGGCUGGGAAGAUUAGAUCAAUGCAAGACUGAAAUCCAUCAGAGCAAAUCUCAAAUUCUGCAGCUCCAUGCCCAUCUUGGGAUGUUACAGGCAUUUUGAUUGCCCUGUGACUGUUAAAUAAAGUUUACCUUGAAUCGGGGGCAUCAGCUAGUAACUAGCUGACUGGAACGCCAUCGAGAAGCCAGCAAUUUGGAUAGAGAAGAUACACAGGAAGGGAAGGGCUGAAUCACCUUAUUUAUGGCUUUUAAAUCUGAGAACAUUUUCCAUUUUCCAGUUUUCUUUUUAAUGACAAACAGGAGAAUCCAAGGACUGGUCGAUUCAAUAUGUUGAGCAUUUAGCUGCUCCUGAAGCAGCUGUAAUUUUUAGUGCCUGUAAUUUUUCUGAUGUCAAAGGCCACUGUUCCAUCCACAGGUUUGUCAGUUACCAAAGGUAGGGCUUUACACUUGAGAAAGAGAGGGAGGGAGGGAGAGGGGAACCUCUGGGCAUGUGUGGGAGGGAGUUUCUAGGUUGAGCUGAGGUGGAAAGACCCACUCACUCUAAAUGCGAUUGGCACCUUUCCAUGGGCUGGGGUCCUGGGUGAAGAAAGAGAAUGAGCUGAGCAUCAGCUCUCUCCGUGGCUCCUGACUGCAGGUGCAAUGUGAGCAGAAGCCUCACACUCCUCCACUUCCCCCCAGCUCCCCCACGUCUUCCUUUAAGUUGCUUCUGUCAGAUAUUUCGUUGCAGCAAUGAGAAAAGUAGCUAAUGUAUUAAACACCGUCACAGACUGAGGUCGCACACUGGAACACCCUGCCAUGUCCUGCUCCCUGGUGUGACACUGACUUUGAAGACCUGAGCUCCACCAGCUCCCUAACGUCUUCCACGAGCUGCUAAGUGUUCCUGUCACUAGGUACCCUCCCUGAUAUUUCUCUGGAGAGGAUUUGAGGUGUAUCAUUCUGAAUUCAUUCUUUUUAAGAAUUGUUUCGGCUUCCUAUCCUUGUUGCUCAUGGGUAUAUUUGGAGACAACACAGCUGCAUUAUCCUGGCAUCCCUACACUAGAAGUCUUCUACUGUGUGUGUCAGUUUGUCCAACCAGCCAGCAUCCAUUGAGAGAGCCAGAGCCAUGGGAAAGUCCUGAGCAAGAGGAAGAACUAGGGAAUCCAUGUCCUUACAGACCAUUAGCAUGGCUUUUUGAGCCUUCACUUUACAAGCUGUGGGAUGAGCAGCCUGUAAAUGAAGUAAGUCAGCAGCCCCACAAUCAGAAUUGUGCCUCUUCAUUGUACGGGAUCCGUUCCUAAACUGUGGAAGGUCUAAUUCCCAGCAUCUGUAAUGUGACUUGUUUGUGCACAAUCAGGUAAAAAUGAGGGCAUUUGUGUGGCUAAUCAGAUAUGUCUGGUGUCUUUAUAAGAAGAAAGUUUGGUGGCUGGCAAGAUUGCUCAGUUGGCAGAAGCACUUGCUGCUGCACAGAUGUCCCCACUUCUCAGGGUCUUAAAGGUAUACUUUAGUCCCUGUCAAAGUUCUGACCAGCAGUGGACACCUAUGCUUUGGAGAAAGGCUCAUCACAAACUGCAAAGGCAUUUUCCCACAAUGCACAUGAAUCUGUGGGUUAAGGUAUGUGUGUAGAAGUCCAAGGAUACCCCAGGAAGAGUGGGGGCUGCAAACUGCAAUACUAGGCAGUUGCAGCCUGGAAAACCAUCCGUCUUCUUCCAUUAAGAGCUCCGGUGCUCUAUCUAGUGUACAUGUGCCUGCAUUAGCACAUCUAAUUCCCACCAUGACCUAGUGACCUAGUAGUUAAGCUGGACUCUUAACUAUAAACAACAAGAAAACCAAUUCUAAAAAGCCCAAUCAGAAAAGGACUUGGAGAAGCGUCUCUCCACAUGGCUACCUUCCUCCUUUCUCCUUCUGAACCACUUCCUCACAACAGUCACCAAGAGUGCUUAACUAACCUGUCCAGACAGCCGACUUAAGCUGGAAGCUUCUAGUCACAAGAAAGGUCUCUGACCAACUUAGCAGGCUCAAGCGCCACCUCUGGAUUGCUGAACUGUGGCCAGGAGUGAAGUCACACUGCAACUCAAGUGGAAACUUCCACACCACGCUGAAUACUGACGACGGGAGGGAGGGUGAGUGUCCGGAACAGGACAGCAGGAAUCUUCCAGGCUUGUGUUACUCCUGUAUCCUAAAGCUGAGACUCAAAGAAGAUAAAGGAUUUAUUUACAGGGCAGCAGAGGGGAGGUUAUGAGUACUGACCCUGGAGAUGUAUGUAUUCCUGGCUGUCCUGAAAAUCACUAUAUAGACCAGGCUGGCCUCAAACUCAUGGAGAUCCAGCUGCCUCUGCCUCCUAAGUGUUAGGAUUAAAGGCGCUACAUCUGGCCACAUCUUUUUUUUUUCUUAAGUGUAUUUCUUGUAUGUGUGUGCAAGCAUGUAUGCUGUUUGUGCACACACAUGAAUACAGGUGGGAGUGUGACACAGUGUGCAUGUGGAGGUCAGAGGGCCAUCUUGGAGGUCAGUCUUCACCUCCCUCCUUGAUGAGCUCGGGGAUCCGUUGUUCAUUGUUGCACGUACCAUUAGCUGGCUGUCAGACUUCUGGGGUUUCUCCUGUUUGCUCUUAUCUCAUGGCAGGAGCCACCAUACCAGGCUUUAUAUAACUUGUAGGGAUUUAAAUUCGGAACUUGACAUUUGUAUGGCAAGCACUGCUCCACUGAGCCGUCUCUCCAACCUGUACAGAGCUACUGAUGCACACAACACAGAGAAACCUCCAGGAGGCAGCCAGACUUGAAAGUGCCUUUUUACAACUCCACCUGUCAUAUUCAAGAGGAGACAGAACUAGUUUGAGAAUGGAAAAAUUUUGCCAGAAACCAGAGAAGGCAACCUUUUCAACUGUGGGAUAAACUUGUAAGGGUAUGUAGAAUUGCUGGAUGUCAUUGGGUGCAAACCCCAUCUCAAAGUUUUUGUUAAAGUAGCCUUUUAAACACCCCCUGCCCCGCAAGAUAGGGUUUCUUUAUGAACUAGCUAGAACUACUAGCUCUGUAGAGCAGGCCUCGAACUCAAGAGUCUCCUGCCUCUGCCUCCUGAGUGCUGGGAUUAGGGGUGUGUGCCACUGUCACCCAGCCCUUUUAGGCAUCUUGAUCAUAUAAUCUGUCAUUAAAUAAACUUGGAAAAAAUAGAGUUGAAGGCUCCGAGUCAGUCUGAAUUGAAUUCAAAUCACCCAAUGUGGUCACUGGUUCCCUCAACAGCUUUUUUAGUUCCUUAAACCUAAAUAUCUGAGAAAGUGCAUGCAACCUGUCAGCUCACAGGUGUGCUGGACUGGCAGAGGCGACAUGGCCAGUUCUUAGUGCGGGGGCUGUUACUUGGUAUGGCUCCAGUAUGUGUUCACAUAGCUAAUAUGUGGUAGAACUGGGGUUCCAGAGUCAGCUAGCCCUCAUGCUCCUACCCAGCUAGCAUUGCCUUCAAUACUUGUAAGCUACCAACAUGGUUUCUGAUGGUGUUCUGUGGCUUCCCUUGUGAAACACAUUCAUCAGCAAGCAAGCAGAAGUGUCUACGAGAAAACCCAUGUUCUGCUCUAAUGCACUAAGAACAAAGAAGGAAGCAAGAUGCUCCAGAGCUACAGGUCUAUUUUGACAGGCAAGACAGAUGAAGGGCUCACGAGCCUUCCAGGAGUUUUGACCUCUCAUCUACAACUAAUGUCUUUCUACAAAACAGAAGGCAGAGAAAAAUGACACAGCCCACUGUCUAUAUGGAAGAAUUAAUUCUCUGAACAACUUCUCAGAGUUGUUCCAGGGUGCUUCUGACCGACCAGGCCAUCUGUUGUUUGGGUGGUAUGGAGGAUGUAACCCAGAAACUCAAGAUUAGAGACCAUAUUACUACUUAUUUUAAAAAGCCUGUAUGUGGGCCAGUGAGAUGACUCAGUGGGUAUUGUCACUAGCCUGACAACCAGACCUGUGUCUGAUCCCUCACAUCGUACUGUGACACAUGCAUGCAUACGGUCAACAGAUGUAGUAAAUAUUUGAUAGGGGAGGGGAAAACAUGAUUAAAGCAUACUGUAAAAUUUUUUUCAAGGAGUUUAAAAAAAUUUAAGCCUGUUUUAAAUCUACUGAGAUAUGACUUCCACAAAAUAGUGUAUUUCAGAAGUCAUUUUUGACAAGAUCUCAUUCUAUAGCCCAGUCUGGCCUUACAGGCAUGUACUACCAUGCCUAGCACACAGGAGUAGCUUCUAACAAUGUAGGUAGCACAUGAACAUUACCACUCAAGGUACAGAAAUCUUCUAAUCCCUAAAAGGCUCACUGCUCAGCAGCUAGUCCUAGGCAAAGCUUAGAGGCUACUUCUGCCUGUUCUAGUUCACAUGAAGAGAACUGUAUAGUGUCCUCUUCUGGGUCUGGCUCCUUCAGCUGGGUAUAUUAAAUUACUCAUUCCUACUUAUAUUAACAAUUAUUUCUCUUGUGUGGAUGUAUCACAAUUUGUCUGAUCUCUAAUUGAUGGAUAUUUCAAAUAUUUGUAGUUUGGGGAUACCAUGAACUUAACUGCUACAUUCAUUCAAAUACAAACCUGUGUGGA